ACGUUACCUCACUAAACACACAAUGUCCCUUAAAAAACCAGCAAAUCUUUUCCUAAAUGAAUUAAUACAAAAAUGGCAACAACUGCAACUUAUGCCCAAUGUAUUUGCCUAUAAAUUGGAGAUAACACAAUGCAAAUAUUUGCCGGGAAAAUAUCAAUUUUAUUCAGAGUACAAUCCCAAACGUAUCACCCUACGAAGACCACCACAAACUAUACUCUCUAUGGAUCCACAAUUUAAUGAAGAAAAAUUUAAUUUCAAAAAAGUUGCUGCAGCCGAAAUUUUAAUGAAACUUAAAUUUGAAGAGGAAACGGAAAUAUCAUUUAUUAUAAAUAAUAGUCCAUUAACAAAAUAUCACACCUUAAUAUGUCCGAAUGUAGAGAAGGGUUUACCGCAACGUCUUACCUCGGAUGCUUUAAGAUUUUGUGUUGAUUUUUUAUUGUCUUUAGAGGGAAAUCGUUAUUUUCGUAUUGGUUAUAACAGUCCGGGAGCCUUGGCAUCAGUUAACCAUUUACAUCUGCAUUUAAUGUUAAUUGAAAAGGAAUUGUAUAUAGAUCGUGUGAAACUACAACAUCUCUCUGACCCGGAUAUAUAUUGUUUGGAUGACAAUAUGCCCACACAGGCAGUUUGUUUUAUAUUCGAUACUCAUGAUUCAAAAACAAAAAUAGAACUAAAAUUACUCAAACUCUUUAAAUUUAUAAUAUGGUUAUGCGAUAACAAUAUGCCACAUAAUAUUUUCAUGACACCGGUAGCGGAAGAUAAAAAAUUAAAAAUCUUUGUUUUCGCCAGAGAAGAAUUUUGCAUUGUAAAACAAUUUAAUACAAUAAAUAUAGGUUUUUGUGAAUUAGCGGGUUUUGUUCCUAUAGGAGUGCAAGAACUUUACGACUCUCUAACGGAGGAGGAUGUUAUUAGAAAAAUAACUUCUGAAAGUGGUGAAGUUUAUAAAAAGAUAUAUAAAUAUUUCGCCUAACAGUAACUAAUCAGUUUUAUACAAAAAUUUAGAAUUAAUUUAAACCAUAAGAUAUGUUUAGCUAAAUGUACAUUUAUUAUAAAAAAUAAUAGCAAAUUACAAAAGUAAAAUAAAUAUACAUUAUAGUCAUUACUAGC